GAUGACAAAGCAAAGAAGAGCUACCCUGGAACCACCUCCGCCUCCGCCUCCUCCGCUGCCUCCUCCUGGGCUGCUUCUAUUGCCCAGAGAGGCUGUUAUGGAAACCAGCCUGGCUCGCAAAAGGCGAUAAUGGAGCAGCCAUGGCCAGGGCCAGCAGCAGCGGCGGCGGCGGCGGCGGCGGCAGCUCUGCCCCACCAGAACGGGCAGGGGGCUCGGAUCGGCUGGACCCCUGGGAGCUGUCCCUGGAGGAGGUGCUGAAGUCUUAUGAACAGCCGAUUAACGAGGAGCAGGCAUGGGCCGUGUGUUACCAGUGCUGUCGCGGGCUGCUCGAGGCAGAGCCUGGAGGGGGCAGGAUCCGGGACACGGCCGACAUCCUCCUUCACAAGGAUGGGACGGUCAGCGCGCAGCUGGAACCUGGUUCAGCUGACUCCUCAACCAUGGUAGCACCACCAGCCAACACAGAAGCCCAGAUGGUCCAGUCUCUGGGUUUUGCCAUCUACCGAGCUCUGGAUUGGGGGCUGGAUGAGAGUGAAGAAAGGGAGCUCAGUCCCCAGUUAGAGCAGCUCAUUGAUCUCAUGGCCAAUAGUGAUUCUGAAGACAAUGGCUGCGGAGCUGCUGACGAGGGUUAUGGGGGGCAAGAAGAAGAAGAAGAAUCCUUUGAGGGCCCCGUGAGAAGCAUACGUUCAUUUUCCCAAGUCAUGAGGAUGUGUUCUUCCCGCCUGACAGACUCCAGAGAGGCCCAACCUCACUAUCAGGCUGUGUGCCGGGCCCUUUUUGUAGAGACAGUAGAACUGAAGGCCUUUCUCACCAAAAUCCGGGAGGCCAAGGAGAUGCUGCUCAGACUUCGGGAGGAUGAGUCCCAGGCAGAGAAGCCACAAGCUGACCUGGACAACCUUCGGCACAAAGACUGGGCCCGGCUCUGGGUACAGCUGAUGCGGGAGUUGCGUCAUGGUGUGAAACUCAAGAAAGUCCAAGAGAAGCAGUUCAACCCCCUACCCACCGAAUACCAGCUGACCCCCUUUGAGAUGUUGAUGCAGGAUAUCCGGGCUCGAAACUACAAGCUACGAAAGGUCAUGGUUGAUGGCGACAUCCCACCGAGGGUGAAGAAAGAUGCCCAUGAACUCAUUCUGGAUUUUAUCCGUUCCCGGCCCCCACUAAAGCAGGUGUCAGAAAGAAGACUUCGGCCCUUGCCCCAGAAGCAACGAACCCUCCAUGAGAAGAUCCUGGAGGAGAUUAAACAAGAGAGGAAGCUACGGCCUGUGCAGGGCCCACACUGGAACUCUAAAGGUUUUGGCUCCCUGCCCUGCAUCCUCAAUGCCUGCUCCAGCAAUGUGAAGUCUACUUCCUGCAUAAACCUGUCCCUCUCAGGUACGGGGAGCACCUCUCAUCGCCCACCACGGCCACGGGUCCUGCUUAAAGCCCCCACCUUGGCAGAGAUGGAAGAGAUGAACAUUUCUGAGGAGGAAGAAUCUCCAAGUGGGGAAAUGAAGAGGACUAGCAGCUCCCUGCUGCCCCUGAAGCGGGACCGCUCCUUCUCUGAACAUGACUUGGCCCAGCUCCAGAGUGAGAUGGCCAUGGGCCUCCAGCCAGACACUGGCCACCUGGGAGAGGAGGAGCUGGAAUCCCGACCCCGCUCAGGCAGCAUGCACACGUGGAAGACGGACACCACAGACCAUGGCUCAUUUCCCCCCAACUACAAGGCCCUCAUGGAAUCCAGUUCCCCUGCCCACAGCUCCCUUGGCUCUGUAGAGGAAAGACCAGAGGCUAGUUCAGCGUUGGACAGUCACUCUAAACACCUGUGGCUGGAAUUCAGCCAUCCAGUGGAGAGCCUCGCGUUGACUGUAGAGGAGGUGAUCAAUGUGCGCCGGGUGCUGGUAAAGGCUGAGAUGGAGAAGUUCUUGCAGAAUAAAGAACUUUAUAACAGCCUGAAGAAAGGGAAGAUCUGUUGCUGCUGUAGAAACAAGUUCCCCCUGUUCUCCUGGCCAGCUACCUGUCUCUUUUGUAAAAGAGCCGUCUGCACCUCCUGUAGCAUAAAGAUAAAGAUGCCUUCUAAGAAGUUUGCACACAUUCCCGUUUACACUUUGGGCUUUGAGAGCCCUCAAAAGGCUGUGACUGCCAAAGCUAUGCUGACUCGGAGGAGAGAUGUCUUCCAGUCCCUGCAGGGGACAAAGUGGCACAGUGUGGAAGAAGAAUUCCCACACAUCUAUGCCCACGGCUGCGUCCUGAAGGAUGUCUGCAGUGACUGUACUAGUUUUGUAGUGGAUGUGGUCAGUUCCAGCCGGAAGAGUGUGGAUGUCCUCAACACCACUCCCCGGAGGAGCCGCCAGACUCAGUCCCUCUACAUCCCUAACACUAGGACUGCCUGGGACAAAUGAUGGACCUUCUGUGUUCUCUCUCACCCCCACAGCCCCACCUUACUCAGACUCACCAUCCUGGUGACUAACAGGCCUGAGCUCUCAAGCGUUCCCUUUGGGCUUGACGAUGAUGAGAGGCAUGUCACUCCAACACUGCCCUGCUCUAGUCAUCAAGCUUUUGGUGGUACUUUCUGGGGCCCAAGCCCAUCUCUUGGGUUAAACGAAUGGAGUCCCGUCAUAAGAAACUGUGCCCAUAGCCUUCCCUUCUCAGCACAGCUCCCCUACUUAGCACCACCUCUUGGGUGAAUGAAUUGCCCUCUGAGUUGUGCAUGUACAUAUAUACAUAUAUAGAUACAUUUAUAUAAUAUAUUCAGUCUAUAUAUUUAUAUACAUUGUUUACCUGGGACCUCACCCAAAGGUACUUGGCAUUCCCAGGCAUUUCCAUGGUAGAGGCUGACUCGGACUCUUCUGAAGGUCCACGAGAAAGAACAUGGCCCCCCCUCUUGCAGUGAGCAGAAAUCUGCAAAGAUUAGUUUGGAGGAUAGAGGGAGAAAUGGAUUUUCUUGAGUCUAGGAGGGGAGGAUAAGUCAGGGAUAAGAGCAGAAAAACUGAAGGGAGAUUUCAGCAUGGAGAUUUCAGGCUACUCUACAGCAACCCUCAUAGUUGACUGGGUGGCUUUUGGCAAAGAUUUGACCCUUUGCCAUUUCCUCAAUUUCCUUAUUCUCACCACAGGUGUGAGGUCGAGGAGGGGAGGAAAUGGUUUCUGUUCCCUAGAUGAAAGUCCUGGGCUGUGAAACUUCCUUUUCUUCUGUCCUGCGGUGGGUUAAGCCUGUCUGCCUCAACCUAGUUUGGCUUAGACCUGAACUUUAGAGGACAGAGGAGACCCUAGUGGAGUGGAGUAGUAGCUCCAUUGAGAUUCUUUCCUGUGUGAAGCUAAAUGAGCAGUCUCUGGUCCCAGUAGUCUAGCAGGUCUUGACUUUUUCAGGGCUAUUUUUGGGGGUGGGUGUGGGGGUACAGUGAGGUGUCCAAGGGAUUAGGGGCAGAGGGAAGAGUGGUUAAUAGUUGGUUCUAUCCCACCCUUCUUGUGCCUUCCCUCAUCCACUUUCAUCAACAUCUCUCCUGCUCAGUAGGCUUCCAGAACUUCCUGAAGAAGGCUCUCUCUUUGAUCAACUUCCCUUUGUCCCUGUGUAUAGUAGGGAAGGACAGCAAAUCCCAGGAAGCUGGCACAUCCAAUCCACAGUGCUAAAAUUAGAAUAGUUUCUUUGUCUCCUCAUAUCUACAUAUCAUGGCUCAAAAAAUAGAGCCUUAUUUAUCAUGACUAAUUUUGCUUCUUCCUUCCAUUCAGUCUCUUUCAUGUCUCACACCUUCCUCCCAUCCAUCUGUCCCUUACUGGCACCAAAAUCCACCCUCGCUCUCCCCUUGGCCCCUUACUCUUCAGUGCCAUACAGCUGGGGGGAUGCAUUGAUAGUCAUUUAGAUUCUGUCUGUCAGUGAUUGGGGCGCUACAUGUAUCGCAGAGGCAGCAGAACCAGCCAGCUCCUUCUGUAGGGAUCUGGGAUAAGUCCUAUGAAAUACCACAGUGGGAAAGAAUAGAUGGCUUGGGAGGCCUAGCUCAGUAGCACACCUGCUGGAGAAAGGAUGGGAUGGGUAAAUCUGUUGGCUGUGGCCGCCAUGCCUCCUGGCCUCUGCCCUUUCAAUCUGGACAGCUGGUUGUCCAGAAGAGCUACAGUGUGCUCCAAGGUCAUGCUGUCUUCCAGGCAUCUGGUGCUUCUAUCUUUUUGACAAAGAAAUGGGUAUCUACCCUCAAGUUAGAUGGCUUCUGUUGGUUUUCUGCCAAGAAUAUAAGGCUGGGUCAGUGUACCCCAGGAAGAUUUAGUCAGAUGCCCAUCUCUGCAUGUUUAGCUCCAUAGUUCAGCCCUAGUGAGGGGAAAUUCUCAAGAGCUUCACAGGGAAGCAUUUCUAGGGCCAAUCCCAGACCUUGGACUUAUCAGGAGAAAUUGAACUGAGAUACUAAAGCUCUAUUAAUGCCUGUCUGAAGAGUCUGCAUUUUAAAUCAAGGGGCACUUCUAUCUCCCCUUCCUACUUGUCUAUCCAAAGUACCCCUCCUGCCUUCUU